ACCCCAGCAACGACAAUCGUGAAACCAUCUCCGUCUUCUCUACACAUCUUUCUCUUAUUCUCUCUUAUCAGCUAUUUUGUUCUAUCUUUGCUCGAACCCUCUCUCGACCCUUACCUAACCUUGUCGUUUUGAAAAAUCAUAAGUAAUUAUUUAAGAUCAAAAGACCUCAAAAAGAGGGGUUUUGGACAAUUAAGGAUUUUGAAAAGAUUAUUUCUUGUGUUUUUUUUGAAGAAGGGAAUUGGGAUUUGUGUGCUUCUGAAUUAUAUUUAUGGGGUUGGAAGACGCAGAUCUUCUAGAUGAUGGGGAUGCUGCUGGUGGAGGAAGAGGGGGAGGCGGCAAAGCUGCUUCGUCGAUUCCAUGUUCGAUUUGCCUCGAGGAUGUUACAGAUUACGCGGAUCGUGCUUGGGCGAAGCUCCAAUGCGGUCAUCAAUUCCAUCUUGAUUGCAUUGGUUCGGCAUUCAAUGUCAAGGGAGUGAUGCAAUGCCCCAACUGUAGAAAAAUUGAGAAAGGCCAGUGGCUUUAUGCAGAUGGUUGCCGGCCAUAUCCCGAGUUAAACAUUGAUGAUUUAGUCAAUGAUGAAGAUCUUUAUGAUUUGAGUUAUUCUGACUCGUCAAUGUGGUGCCCAUUUGGUGGAUUUACUCGGCUUGCUGCUGCUUUUGACGAAGUGGAAUUUCCGACAACUGCAUACCAUGAUCUUGUUGGCCAACAUGCUGUUUUUAGUGAACAUGCAACUGUUUCAUCUGCUACUCAUAUCUGUCCAUACAUUGCUUAUGUUCAACCACUUCCCUCCUCGACUUCGAGUGCAAAUGUAGCUGACGGACUUCGGUAUAAUAGUCAAUGGAACAGCCAAUCAGCUCCAAGUGAAGUACCAAAUUCGUAUGCUUUUCCCACCAUGGAUGUCCAUUAUCACUCCCUCUUUCAAACGCCAAGCAGCCGUAUAGGUGAUGUUGACCAUCCUUCUCGAAGGCCAGCAAGGACUAAUGCUGAUAUCACAAGAUCAGGAUCUUAUGUUCACCCAUUUCUUGUUGGCCAAAGUUCUGCUAGUAGAGCCCCUGGCUCGGUUGGUUCGUCUAUGAUUCAUCCUUACCCUGGCAGUGCUGCACGGGCACGGGAGCGGUCACAGGCUCUUCAGGCCUAUUUUCAGCAGCCAAGCAAUGUAACGGCCAUACGCACACCUGGAUCACAAAGAUCAAAUGGUCAAGUGCUAUCCUCAUCAUCUGACCAGUCUCGUGGUGGUAUCUAUUAUCUUCCAGCAUCAGGUUCAUCAAACACAAGAAACUUUCAGGAAGCAGAAAACUCGAUGUUGAAUCCGUACCACCAUAUAUACCCAGUUGAGAGGGGUCCAUUCCAGCAAGGAGGAGGUGGGCCUGGUGCCAGUUUUCGGCAGAGGCACGGUUCAGAGAGGACUCCGUCUCAAAGUCAGUAUUGGUCAUAAGAGAGUGGUUAUUUGGAUGAUGAUUAAUCAAGUUUUUAUGUAAUGCGUGGAGAACGAAAUAUAUAUUGUGGCCAGCCAAGUGAGAUAGAUGUGAUGAACUUUGGACUUGAAAUAUGGGCAGCAAGAUUAUACGACUCAUAAUUAAUUUGAAUGCAGUCAUUUUGAGUAUGAAUGGGACAGGAUGCAGUUGCCAAUC